AUGGAACCACCUUUCCCGCCGGAUGUGGCACCUUUUACGCCUAUCUGGGGUCAGGAAAAUCCGUCACCGAUGGUACAUUAUCCCGAGCUGAUGGCUGGUUUUCCGUGUGCAGACUUAGCGAUCUGGCCCCGGCAGCAGGUUGGCAGUUUCGUCAGUCAACGGCUCUCACCACGCGGUGCCCAACCGGCCCCGGCCAGCGGUGGUUCGACGAAGAAAACACGCCGCCGGGUAGCAUCGAUGGCACAGCGCCGUGCGGCCAACAUACGCGAGCGGCGUCGCAUGUUCAACCUGAACGAAGCGUUCGACAAGUUGCGCCGCAAGGUACCUACGUUCGCGUACGAGAAACGUUUGUCACGCAUCGAAACACUACGCCUAGCGAUCACGUACAUUGGCUUCAUGUCGGAGCUGCUGGCCGGCACGCCAACGCAUGACGGCCGUUCGCCCGAACUGUACCCGGGUGUGUUGGCGACGACCGCACACCACACACCACACCAUCACUAUCAUCACCAUAACCACCAUCAUCAUCAUCACCAGCAGCAGCAACAGCACAACAACCAUUCGUCUUCACAACAUCAGCAGCAACAGCAAUCGCACCAUCAUGCGCACCUUCAUCACCAACAGCAACAUCACAGCCUACAUGGAUCCACGACGGCAUCCACCGCCGCCGGUACAACCGGAGCAGCAACAACCACCGCUCACCAACACAUGCACCACCCAUCGCUACAGCGAGCGGCCGUUGCUGCGGCUGCAGUUGCCGCUGCUGCUGCAGCUGCUACCUCCACGGGCAGUGCCGUCAACGGUACCGAGUACCAUCCGGGAUACGGAUCCGGAAACGUCGUACCGCCGCAUCACGUGGUUUGA